AUGAUAUUUAUUGUGUUAGGGUUGUUGGUUGUGACGUUGCUUGUAGGGGUAGUCGUCGUCGUCGUCGUCGUCGUCGUCGUCUUAGCCGCAGUUGUAGAAGUUCUAAUACAACUCCGAGAACCUGGGGCGUUUAAGGGCAUCUGUCCUAGUUUUUCGUUUUUCUCUUUAGGCCCCUGGGCCUGCUCGCUCAUCCUUUCGCGAUCCCGCUCUCGCACCGACCGGCUUCGUCUAAUCUCAGUUCCUUAUCUUUCAAGCCUCAUUAUCGCCGUCACCAUCCACGUCACGAUCGUUGUCAUUUCUCACGCACGCACACACGCACGCACGCACGCACGCACGCACACGAAACGACCAUCCCUUUUCCUACCCCUGACAUCAUCUUCCUUUCUUCUUGACUAUCACAACCCUGGCCACUUUCCUGAACAGCUGUAUCUAUCUAUCUAUCUAUCUAUCUAUCUAUCUAUCUAUCUAUCUAUCUAUCUAUCUAUCUCAGCCUGUUCAUUAUCUAUGUCAGUCUCUUCAUAUCUAUUUAUCUAUCUAUAUAUCUGUCUGUCCCAGUCUGUUCAUACCUACCCUCUCUCUCUCUCUCUCUCUCUCUCUCUCUCUCUCUAUCUAUCUAUCUAUCUAUCUAUCUAUCUAUCUCAGUCUUUUCAUUAUCUAUCUAUCUAUCUAUCUAUCUAUCUCAGUCUUUUCAUUAUCUAUCUAUCUAUCUAUCUAUCUAUCUAUCUAUCUAUCUAUCUAUCUAUCUAUCUAUCUAUCUGUCUUUUCAUUAUCUUCAUAUCUAUAUAUCUAUCCAUAUCUACCUCAAUCAAUUCACAUCUAUCUAUCUAUCUAUCUAUCUAUCUAUCUAUCUAUCUAUCUAUCUAUCUAUCUAUCUAUCUGACAUGUUUCUACUUUUGUCCUUUCUUUUUCUCUCUUUUUUUCUUUAUUCUUUCUUUUCCUGUUUCACUCUUUUUUUCUUUCUCCUUCUUUAAAUUUUUUCCAGUUUUUAUUUUCGUCUCUCUUUUUCUUACAUUUUCCUAUCAGUCUCUCUUUUUUCGUGAUUUUCUUUCAUUCUCUCUUUCCUCACGUUUUUCUUUCAGUCUCUAUUUUUCUCACGUUUUUCUUUCAGUCUCUCUUUUCUUACAUUUUUCUUUCAGUCUCUCUUUUUCUCGCGUUUUUCUUUUAUUCUUUUCUUUUUGUUUUUCUUGCAGUCUCUCUUUUUCACACGUUUUUCUUUUAUUCUCUCCUUUUCUCAUGUUUUUCUUUCAUUCACUCUUUUUUCUUUCAUUCUCACUUUUCUCACGUUUUUCUUUUAGCCUCUCUUUUUUUCUCAAGUUUUUCUUUCAUUCUCACUUUUCUCACGUUUUUCUUCCAGUCUCUCUUUCUCUCGCGUUUUUUUUAUUCUCUCCUUUUCACACGUUUUUUUUUCAGUCUUUCUUUUUCUCACGUUUUUCUUUCAUUCACUCUUUUCUUAAUUUUUUUCUUUCAGUCUUUCUUCUUCACACAUUUUUCUUUCAUUCUCUCUUUUCUCACGUUUUUCUUUCAGUCUCUCUUUUCCACGCGUUUUUCUUUCAUUCACUUUUUUCUCACAUUUUAAUUUCAGUCUGUUCUUUUUCAAGCUUUUCUUUUAGUCUCUAUAUUCACCAUUUUUUUCUUUCACUGCCUUUUUCUUCCAUUUUUCUUUCAUUCUCACUUUUCCCUUUCAAUUCCGCCUUUUUCUCUCGUUUAUUUAAUCGAACCUGUGUAAAUGAGAUUUCAUUUCAAACACUUUUCUCUCUCUUUUGUCUCUCUCUUUUGACUAUCUUCUCACUCUCUCUUCUUUCUUUCUUUCUCUUUUGCUUUUUCUUUUCCCUUUUUUUAUCUCUUUACUCUCUCUUCUUUCCCCUCUUUCUCACUUUUCUAUCUUCUCUCUCUUUGCACUCACUCUUUUCUCUCUUCUCCCACUCUCUUUACCCAAUACCCUCUCUCCUUUUUCUCUAUUAUUUCUCUCCCUUCUUUGCUCGCUUCUCUCUCUCUCUCUUACUCUCUGUAUUUUCUCUCCUCUUCCUCGCUUUUCUUUCUCUUCUUUUUCUCUCUCUCUCUCUCUCUCUCUCUCUCUUCUUUCUCUAUUUUCUCUUUCUCACUUUCCUCACUUCUCCCUCUCUCUUAUCUCUCGUUUUCUCUCUCAUCUUUCUCUAUUUUCGCUUUCUUUUCUCUCUUUAUUUCCUGUUUUUUCUCUAUUCUCUGUCUUUCUUUCUCACGCGCUCUUCUCUCUCUCUCUCUUCUCUCACAUCCCCCCUCUCUCUUCUCUCUCUCCUUCCUCACUCUUCUCCCCUUUCUUUUCUCGCUUCUCUCAUUCUCUUUUGUCUCGCUGUGUCUUUUGUCUCUUCUUCUUCUCUUUCUCUAAUUUCUCUCUUUUCCCUUCUGAUAACCACUCCCAACAGAACAGCGAUCAUGUACCAUCGCCCCUGUUUUCCAACAUUCCCCUUUCAUCCGCGCCUUCAUGGAAUUAACUGA